CGAAAUCAUCAAUGAAAGGUCAACAAUCCAGUCUCAGCUGUGCUCCCUUGGGUCCCCCACACUACUUUCACAUCAUUCGGCAUUGCCCACAAUCAAAAACUUCGCAGAUAUGCUCAACAUACCUCCCAUGUCAUGUCCUCCUUCCAUCCCUCGCUCUGAGAAGGCAAAAAUCCUUGAUAUUGAACUUUGGCACAUCCAAUCAUUCCUCGACAACCUCAAACGCCCUUUGGAAAUGUCAGAGAAUAAUUUCAAACGGUUCAUUCACAAAGCAGCUGGUUUCUUCGUCCGGGGUAACAAGUUGUGGAAGAAGGAUCCGAAAAACCAGCAUAAGCUCAUCAUCCCAGAGGGGAAACGGUACGAGCUCAUUCAACAAGCACAUGAUGAAUUGGGCCACAAAGGUAUCUUCACCAUUCAUACCCGUCUUGUAGAAUGGUUCUGGUGGCCACAGCUUGAACAGGACAUGUGAUGGUUUAUCCAAACCUGUCACGAGUGUCAGACCCGAUUAACACAUCACUUCCAUAUCCCCCCCACUGUCGCUAUCCCUCUAUCGCUAUUUCGGAAGGUAUACAUCGAUACCAUGUUCAUGCCAAGGGCAAAUGGUUUUCGUUAUAUUGUUCAUGCACAUUGCUCUUUAUCUUCUUACCCAGAA